UCGAUAAAUCGCUCAACUAAAGUUUAGCAAUUUAGUAAAACCCGUUCAAAAUUGUUUUCAACUCUUUUUUGUAGAUUAGAUUAGAUGUUACAUAUUUUAAUGCUACUAGAUACUAGAUUAAAUCGUUACAAUAAUUUUCCUAUUUGUUUUUCAUACAACCUCCAUCAAUUUUAUAAGAUGCAAUAGCCUUCAACCCACUCUCACUUUCCAAACAAAUGCAGGAUAACUCGAAACCCAUUACGACAUCAUGGAUUUUGGGGAGUUUAUGGCCUCAUGGGAGCCUAUACCAAGGGCAGAAGAAGAUAAUCAACCAGCUCAAAUCUCUCAACCAAUCACAAACGUGCCUUUAUCCCGGUCUGGUCACCACGAUAACUGGGUAGACCCACAGAGGUUCUCUGGAAACUCGAAAGUUUUGGGUGAUGAUUUUGGAAAGCCUGUAGUUGAUUCCAGAGAUGUUUCCAAUAGUAGAGGGAUAGAUCCUGAGGGAGAUGUUCCAGGAAUUCCAGAGGAUAUCCCCAAGGAAAAUACAAACCCGGAGGAAUGUUCGAGAAAACUGAAACGAAAAGUAAUGGUACUACCACCGUCCGAAAGCUAUCGCGGAUUUUGCAAUAUCGACCAAGUGACAACCGGCGCAAGGAAGCAACGGCAAACUGUCAGUCCCCAAAGGGUGACAGGGGACCUUGUGACGUCAUCACAGCCAAGGUCAAGCAAGCAGGUCAAGGUCAUGCGAUUGGUGUCUCCUGAGAGGACUGCUCAGCAGGUUGGGGUCAAGAGUCGAAAAAUCUGCACACUUCAAACCAGUCCAGCUAAAGAGUUUAAUGUUAAAAUGAUCAAACCGUCACCUACUAAAACCACCGAAACCGUUGAAAAUAAACACAGACGAGAUGAAAAUUCAACAAAACCUUACAAACGAGAUGAUAAUUCAACAAAACCUUACAAACGAGAUGAUAAUUCAACAAAACCUUACAAACGAGAUGAUAGUUCAGCCAAGUCAACAUUCUCCUCUGGUGUAACCCAGCGAAAACCGGUUGCAACUAUGAAGAAAGUGAUGAAAAUAUCAUCUUCACAGGAAAAACACGAGGAUUUGGACGAUCAUUUUAAUAAACUGAUGAAGGAAGCCAAGGCAAUUAAUAGUCAAGUAGAAAUGAUUAGGGGAAGCGUGGAUGCUUGUGAAGAUGGGGGUGAAGAGGUGAAGAAAAGUCAGCCGAGAGCUGUGAAGAAAUUGGCAACUGCUAGUCCUCAGAAGGCGUUAAGGAGGAAAAGUACAGAUCGAGACAAGGAUAGCGCCAAGGACGACCAAAAGAGCGAGAAAGAUAAGAAAUACGACCGAGAUGCGGCUCUCUCCUAUAUGAAGCAGAAGAAGUUACAGAUGAAGGAGAAGCAGGCGAGAGAGAUGGAUAGAAAGCGGAGUGAGGAGGAGAGCAGGCAACACAAGUUGCAAGCGUUGCAAGCAACGCAACUCAAGUUGCUACAGAAUGCGCUGAAGAGGAAGGAUGCUACGCAACAGGUCCGUCGCAACUGGGAAGGACCCGUUAAUGGCGAGAGCUCUCCCCCACCCCCCUUGCCUGUACAUCGCACCAAUUCGGACGCUCGUAUCAAACAUCGAAAAUCCAACUCAGAUGAUCUAAACCCUCCAAAAACUUCAAAUGACAUCAAAAAUCACCCUGAAAAUAUCGAAGCUGGUCCUAGUUUUAUGUCUGCUAAUGAAGAUAAUCGUGUGAUCCAGGCUAGGAAAUCGAAAUCUAUCAGGAAAAACAGAGAAAACAACGAAAUUGGUCCGAGUUUUGUGGGUAUCAAUGAAGGAAAUGUGAUAGAUCUUCCUCAAGAAUCAAGUGAUUCGAGGAAUCUUCAUGUAGAUCAUCCUCAAGAAUCAAGGGAUUUGAGGAGUCUUCAUGUGGAUCAUCCUCAAGAAUUGAAUGAUUUGAGGAAUCCUCCCGUAGAAUCGAACAUUGGUCAACAAAUUGCUGGAAAUCUAGAAGCCGGGCCUAGUUUCAUGGGAGCUAUUGAUGAAAAUUUGGAUAUCCCUUCGAGAAAACUUAGUACCGGUGGAAAAAGUAGUGAAAAUUGUUCAAGUUUUGUGGCAGUUGGUAGUGAAAGUUGUCUGAGUCCAUCUAGAAAAAGUGGGAGACGAACUUUUGAAAUUACUGAAGGUGGACCAAGUUUUAUGGGGAUAAAUGGAAGUGAAACCUGUAUUAUUCCUUCCUCCAAGGUCGGUAGGAGAAAUUUUGAAAAUUCGGAAGCAGGUCCCAGUUUUGUGGGAAUUAAUCAGGGGGCUCAUGUUAAUCUUUCAAGAGGUACGGGAAAUGGGUGGGGAGGUUCAGAAAAUGUGGAGAUUUAUCCUGGUUUGGUUAAUGGGGAGACUUGUAGGCUAGAUUUGAAAGAGCUAGGAGAUCCUGAUGGAGUGAUGAAUUUUGAGGAUGAAGUUUCAAGAGGUCCUUCAGUUUCAAGGGUGCCUUCGGCUUCAAAUUCUGUGUCACAGUUUAAUCAAGUUUCAAGACGUCCAAAAUCGAAGGAAUCCAUGUUUGAUCAUCGGGGAAUUUCGGGAAACGGAGCUUCGAGACGUUCAAAUUCGAAGGAAUUUAUUUUUGAUCAUCAGGGAGACAAUGUACCUGUGAGAAGCAACGAGAGAGGCAGUAUUGGAGGAGCUCUCAACGAAACUGGACCACAAAAGAGAAACGAAAAUGAUGACAAAACGGAGAUAAAUUCCAAUUCCUCCGCUUCCUUCAUCCCGGUUUACGAAGAUGAGAUGAGGGUAAUAACUGAGGAAAUAAAUCAUAUCGAAGCUGUGUUGAAGGGGAUAGUGGGCAGGAAUGAUACAGCGGGGAGCGGAGGGGAUAAGAAUAGGGGAAGAAGGAGAAUGGAGGAAGAAGAGGGGAGGAAGAGAGAGGAGAAGACUGGUGGAAAUGCGUCAAAGGUUGCGAAAAGUGGAAGCUGGUGUGAGCUAUUGAGAUCGAAAAAUCACUCACGAAAAGAGAGAAAAAAUCAGUAUGAUGAAGAAAACGAUUCUUCUGAUCUGCCUCACACUACAACACAGGAUGACUCUAUCAGUGGAGGUCCCAUCAAUGAAUUAACUGACGAAGAAAACCUCUAUCAACUGUCUUCACAACAGCCCUCAACUAGACCACAUCAUCAGCUCAACAUUUCAACAAAACUUGAAGAAAAAAUCGUCCCCGAAUACAUCAAGGCUUUAGACCGUGAACCCAAUCCUCUCAACUUCAUUACCGCUUAUAAGAGUAAACUAGAUAUGCUCAAACAACAACGGGACAGAGUUGGUGCUGAAGAAAUGUCUAGAAACAAAUCAGCUGAUCGGGGGAAAGAAACAGCUGAUCGGGGGAAGGCUUCUAGAAACAAAACAGCUGAUAGAAAACAAUAUGGGAAUGAAUCAGCUGAUAGGGGGAAGACGUCUAGUAAUAGAACAGCUGAUUGUGGGAGAAUAUCUUGGAAUAAAUCAGGUGAUAGGAAGGAUAGAAUUGGAGGAGGUUUUCAAGGUAGUGACUUCAAGGAGAACCUGACACUGCAGGACCUUGAGACUGGUUCAAGGAGUGGAGAUUUUUCAAGGAGGAAUCAAGGAAGGAUGUUUCAAGGAGUGGAAGAAGGUGUGUAUCCUCUCACAAGUGAAUCACCGGAACUAGUUUCCAGACAAGAUGGCUACUAUCAACCGCUCUCCAUGAACGAUUUGAAAUUGAACUUUCCGCCCAGUUUGAAGAGUGAUGACACUACUACAUCCGGGAGGAAUUCUGAGUGUUGUGAGUCUGAGGAUAUUUUAGUUGUGAAUGAAAAUAACAGAGGUGGUUUCCUCAUAAAUAGUGAGAAAUUGUUCAAGGCGAAAAGUGAUUCACAACUGGAGAAAAAAUUGCAGCCCUCAAUCACAACAGAUCUGGUCAGAUCGUUGACACUGGGGCACAGUUUGGCAACACUGGAGGUUGUAAAAAGUGCCAACAGUGGAAGUGGUAGUUCGUUGAGUUUAACAGCGCCCAACGAUUGUGUCCGUAUGGGUGGUACUACUGGUUGGGACGGUGGUAAAGUGGGAAAGGUUGGUAACACUGGUAGACAAGAACGUGGCUACACUGGUAGACGGGAGAAUGAAGCUGGCAACACUGUUGGGAGGGACAACGAAGGUUUGAGACAAAGUGGUGGUGCUUGGAGCGAGAUUUUCGGCCGGAAUGAAGUUGGCAACACUGUUGGACAGGAGAAAGACGGUUCGAGGGGUACUUGGAGGGAAAUUGUCGGCCGGAAUGAGGUUGGAAACAGUGGUUUGAGGGAAAAUAGUGGUGCGACGGUUGGCAGCAAUGAUUUGGCGGGAUUUGUUGAGCCAAAACGUGUUUGUCGUGAGAGAAGCCGCCCCGCCAAAGCUACGUUGCCAAGUGGUGCUGGCAGGGAGGCGGCUGGUGGAAUGAUGGAGAUUGGAAAUGUGUUCAGCCCAGCUGCUAUUCAUCUACAGUUCCAAGCCGAAUUGAGCAAGCUGGAUGCCUAUGAAGUGGGCCUACAGCAGUUGACUGACUCUGAACGCCUGCAUAACAUGGCAUUGAAAUCACUACACAAUCAGGCAAAAUACGAGCAACAACAUAAAUCAACCUCAAUUGACAACCUGAACAAAUGGAAGACAACAACUGUUGAAAAUAAACAAUCGGAUGUUGACGAUCCCAUGGUGAUGACGUCAAGUCAUCAUUCGCCCUCAUCAUCAUCACUAUCAUCAUCAUCAAAUCCGACCACCAAUCACAGAGGGUCCCGCCAAAAGGAAUCAGUUACGUCAUCGCCUGAUCAGCGAGGUUCCCGCCGAAAAGGAUCUGUGACAUCAUCACCUAAUCGCCAAGUUUACCGACAGAAAGAAUCAGUGACGUCAUCACCUGAUCACAGAGGUUCCCGACAGAAAGAAUCAGUCACGUCAUCACCUGAUCACAGAGGCUCUCAUCAAAAAGAAUCAGUGGCGUCAUCACCUGAUCAUCGAGGCUUUCGCCAUAGAGAAUCAGUGACGUCAUCGCCCAAUUAUAGUAAUUCCCGCCAAAAAGGUUCCGUGACGUCAUCAUUGAAAAGUAUUGCAGAGUCCUUGAUUUCGUCGGGUGAAAAUUUUGAAAAUUUGGUGAAACCCAGCGAUCGUUUGGUGGAUGACGGUUCGAAUUUGGGGAGAGUUGGGUCAGAUCAAAAUUUUGGAAAAAAUGGGUCAGAUGGAAAUUUGGGACUGACCCUGAACCCUGAGGCUCAACUACAUGCUAGUGUUUUGGAGCAGACCAUUGCUACCCUCAUAUCGAACCCUGGAGCCCAAGUUCUAGACAAUCUCCUGAACGAUAGUAACGGAUUCGAACAUCUUAUGUCAUCUACGCAUGCGCUAACUCCUUUACUGGAUGACCAAUCAUCGUGUGCCUCUCCAUUCCCAAGCUCCUGCUCUAACAGCAUUUUUGACAAAUGCAUCUCAUAUGAAGAAGCCAGAUCUGAACAUCAGCUGAAUGUUUACAAAUCGAAGGAGAAAGAGCUGAUAAAUCGUGUCAAAGUCCAGGUUUCCUGGUUGGAAUUUCAGAAAAAGAGAAUGAAACAAAAAGGACUUGAAGAAGAAGCGAAAAACAUAAAGAAGAAGCAACGAGGGCUCAUUCUUAAAUCACAGCAGAUCCGUGAAGAAAUUCAGCGGUUGAUGAAAGCUGAAAAAAUGGCUUCCGAGGAGAGGAGAAAAUUGCUCCAUCAGCAAAAAUUGAGAGCGAUACAUCAGUUGUCAGUCAAAGAUUCGACCAAAAAACGCAGAACAAACGAAGUUAAUCUCAAGAAAUCUUUGCAGUCUACAAGCUCGUCAACCACUUCAGUUGUUGAAAGUUUAUUAUCAACGGAAGAGGGGUCUGUAUAUUCAGAACCCAGGUCGCUCCAAAAUGUUGACGAACCGAAAAGACAUCUCCUGGAAAGGAAAAAGACAGCGAUAGCACGUAACAGACCCGUUGACGUACUUUCUCCCAGUAAGAAACGUUUUGAAGAGAAAGAUCUGAAUGUAGAAGGAGUGGAACUCCGUAAUGUCAAUUCUCCCAAACAGACUACAGCUCGCUCAGUGCUGGACCGUAGUACAUCUCCGUUUCAGAUGAGUGUAGUGUCGGAAAACGUGGAAACAGCUGUUGGCUCUGACACUGCCAAGUCGCACAGUGACGUCAUUGAGGAAGACAUCCAAGAGGAAACAGAUAAUGCUAACAGUGUACCUGAAGAAUUGGUCAAAAGUAACCAAUCGGACUCAGUGGAAUCUCAUGUGACUGAGGAAUUGCCUCAAUACUCUGAAUCCACCUUUGAACAGCCGUCAUUCACAAUUCACUCCAGACAACCGACGCCGCUGAGGACUAGAACUGAUCAAACCGAUUCGAGAUCGUCACAAACUAGAACGGCCAGCGAUCGUAGGACGGCGCUGUCAAGUAUGAUGAUCCCUAUCAAAGUACCGCUCUCGCCCCGCCUUCAGGGAUGCACUCGCAAGCGAUAUUCUUCCGGCUCCGAGGACUCUAUCACCUUCUCACAGAAUGAAACGUUCUCGGAGCAGAGCGACAUUGAGAUCAGGCUGUCGGCACUUCACGAACAGCUGCGUCAGCGAAAAAUGGAGGCGGACCGACUGCGCCGCGAACAGAAGCGCGCACAACGCGAACGGCUCAAGUGCAAGGAACAAGCGCUGCUCAAACAGAUACAGGCUUACGACGCCUACAUAGAACAAGUGAAGAAAGAGCUUGAACAAGAAUUGGAAUCCCCCUCCACUGUCCCCAUCAUGAGACCACAAAUCAAACAGCCCAAGUUCGUCGACAAGAUCAGCCUCCGCAAACCGGAAGCCGCCGUCAAACCGGAACCGGAAGUGGCAGCCAAACCGGAAGUGACCUCGAAACCACCCACUUCCGACGAAGAUCUCAGCAGUUUGAAGUCGGUAUCGGAAGCUUCGAGUCUGGAAACCACAAUAGAGAGCCCAGGGAAACGAGGUGAUGGUUCUCUAGACGACCACCAGAGUUCGUUGAAGGUUGUGACGUCAUCAACGUCCCCGGAGUCGGAGGGAAGUUUGAAAAAUUUGGCGCCAAAUAUUGGGGAAACCGGAAGUGGAGGGGUGUCGUCUGCUACGUCACCUGGAAGUGUUUCAGAGGUUUUGGGACUGAAAAAUGGGGGUUCAGUAGCUGAGGAACAAAAUUUUGAAGAUUUUUCUGCAAAUUCGGGGUCAAAAGUUGAAAAUAUCAUAACAUCUGUGACUUCUCCACCUAAAUCUGUAGAAAUUUCGAAAAAUUUGAGAUCUGAAAAUGGAUAUUCAGAAUCUGGUGACGUUUUAGUAAAAUUAGGACCAGGAAAUGUGUUGGAAAAAUCUGUUGGAGAAGUGGAAAUUCUCAAUGAAAAUUGGGUGGGAGCGGCCGAGUUUUUCAAAAAUAAAACUUUUGACUCCCCGAUGACUGAACGGGUCAGGAAAACUCAGCAUUACACUUUGGAAGAAAAUCUGGGGAAAACUGUAGAUGAUGUGGAAAAAUCCUCGGUGAAAACUGUAGAUGAUGUGGAAAAAUCCUCGGUGAAAACUGAUGUGGAAAUUCUGUCAUCCGUGGCUUCCAACCACUCGGGAAAAUCGAACGGUGAAGAAACACUGUCAGAAGUUGAGGAAAUUCUGAAGGAAAGCCGGGAAAACUCGGAAAGUGUUGAGAGCAUUGUUGAACAGAUUGAAGCGAAAUCAGAAGAAGGGGAAGUGGUUGAAGAAAUAGAAGAAAAAGAAGAAGAAGAGGAGGAGGAGGAAGAAGAAGAAGGGUCCAAUGAUACAGUAGAUACAGAAAGAGUUGAAGAUAUACUUAGUGAGAAAAGCUCUAGUGAAAGUUUAGAGAAUAAUUUCGAUAAACAAGAUAAUAUUGACACUAUUUUGAACAAAUAUGUUGAUGAUAAUAAUCGUUCAAACAAAGUGAACGAUAAUUUUUUGAAGGAAAGUUCAGUUGACGAUAUUUUGACUAGUGCUAACUCAGCUAGAAGUCCAGAAUUGAAAGAAAAUAGUGUAGUAUCCGAACUGGAAGUAAUUCCCGAUGAAUCAUCUGAUAAAGACUCGAUAAAGACUGGUCAAAGUGCAUUAGAAACUGAAGAAAUAGCUGGUAGUGCCUUGAAUAAGAGUUCCUUUAGUGUUAAAAGUGGUGCCUUAGAAGUAAAUCCGUAUGAUUCUGCCGAAGAUACGUUUGAAAGUGACAUUGAUGCUUCAGAAAACGAGUCGUCCAUUCCAGAGUCGAAACAUUCCAGUAAUCUGAGCAUUCCAGAUAUGUUUCCGUUGCCUGUAGAGGUUAGUGAAGGUCGUAGAAGUGUUGAAAAAAGUCUGAAAAGUGUUGAGGAUGGUCUUAGAAGGGUUGAGAGAGGGUUUGAAAGUGUGAAAGAUGGUCAAAAAGGGGUUGAAGAUGAUCGAAAACUUGUGGAUGAAGAUAGUGAGGGCGUUGAAGGGUCUAAAAUACCCGUGGAAGAUCUUAAAAUGUCGCUAGAACAUCAUAGAAUGUCUCCAAAAAGUUCUAAAAUAUCUCCUGACGGUUUUGAGAGCCUGGAUGGUCAUAAAACACAUCUAGACGACCUUGAAAUAUCUCCAAAAAGUUCCAAAAUGUCUCCUGACUGUCUUGAAAGUCGUGAAGGUCAUAAAACACCUCUAGAAACCCUUAAAAUGCCUCUAGAAAGUCAUAAAAUAUCUCCCAAAGGUCAUAAAAAUGAGGAAUUAUUGUCAGAAGAUAUUGGAAAGUAUUCUCAGUUGCAACUUCCUGAUAGCACCAAUUUAUCAUUAGAUUUAUCAGCUCUGGGUGGUUCAAACAGUUUUGUACAUGAUGAAACUUCUGUAUCUAGCUUGAAGGAUGAUUUGAUACGUGUUGCCAAUUCUGUGAUACGCGACGAGACUUCUGUUGCCGAUUUGGACGAGAAUCUGAUACGUAACGAGACUUCUGUAGUUGCCAAUUUGAAUGAAAAUCUGAUACGCGUUGAGACUUCUGUUGCCAAUUUAGAGGACAAUCUGAUACGCGAUGAGACUUCUGUUGCAAAUUUGGAGGACAAUCUGAUACGCGAUGAGACUUCUGUUGCAAAUUUGGGGGAUGAUUUGAUACACAACGAAAAAUCUCUUGGAAAUCUGGUAAAAACAGCUGACGAUGAAUUUCCAACGGGUGAAGUUAGGGAAGAAGAUGACCUCUCCGAAGUUAGUGAAGCACUGUCCUAUAACAAGGAAGAAAACCUAUCGAAAACUAGCUCCAGUACAGAAUCUUCAUCCGAGUUUACCGUGCAGAAAAAAGCGAAACUAGUCAGUUUGAAUAGUUCGGAUAGUGAUGAUAAAUCGAACCAAGAUUACGAAACAAGUUUUAAAGAGGAUGAAGUGAUAAAGGUGAUAUUAGUUGAGAAGGAGAAGAUAGUGGGAAGAGGAGAUGAUAAUCAGGGGUUCAAAAGGGUGAGAGAAGAGGAAGAAGUGGAGGAAGAGUAUGGAGAAGAAGAAGAAGGUGAAGAUGAAGGGAAGCUAGGAGAAGAGGGAGAAGAAGAAGAAGAGGGAGAAGUUGUUGAAGAGCUUGAAGGAGACGAUGAAGAGAAAGAAGAUGAUAUUCUGGUAGAAAAUGUUGGAAAGAAAGAAGAAAUUGGAAACAAAGAUGAAAAAAUCGACAAAAUCACAGAUAACAUUCUUCUGAACUUGUUGAACGAAUCUUUAACAUUUUCCCCAAAAGUUUCAAGCACAACUCAGGAGUUCACCCACAGAGAAAACUGUGUCACUAACGAGAAAACACUCAACGGAGCCGUGGAAAAUUUGAGAUUUGAUGAAAAUAAGGAAAAUGGAGAAGAAGAGGGGGAAGAGGACAUAAAGGAUGCGACGGAUAGUGUGCUGAAAAUCUAUGGGAAGAAGAUGGGUGGAAAGGGAUUGGAGUUGAAGGAUAUGGAGACGAGUGGAGAAAAGGCUGGUGAUGAGACUAGCAAAAAUAUACCAGAGUUCAAUUCGCCAUCAAAGGAUUCAUCUUUCGACUCAAACGAUGGCUCUUGGCUGAAAGAUGAAGCUGAAAAUGAAUUGGAGGUGAGUGGAGGAGACAGUGAGGCAUUCUGGCUGGCAGAGGGUGUAGGGGGAGACCUAGACAUGGGUCUGGAGCACUCCUGCAAGGAAGCCAGGCAGUUGCAGCUGCAGAGGCUACAAAUAGAGCAAGAGAUCAAACAACUGCAACAAGUCCAAGACCAGAUCCCGUCCUACUACUUCCUAAGGGAAAUUCCCAACAAACCUCCUCCCCCGUACACCCCGCCCGGACAGGCGCGGGCAAAACUGGCCGCCGAUCAGAUCCCAACCGAACGCCACGAGAUUCUGGAAAUCGUCAACAAUUUAACCGAAUAUAUCUAUACACAACAUUCCCAGGGUAAGGACAUACACACCCUGACUCCACCAAAGAACUUGAUAGCUGGAGAGGACAGUUCCCAAGGGGUUUAUAAGAGGUUCCUUUUUGAUUUGACUAAACAGAUAGUGUUUGAGAAUAAGUACAAAUUUGAGGAGGAAGAUUCUAGGAGUCUGUUGCCUUGGGAGAAAAUCGAUUACAAACAGAGGUGUGUCGUUGCGAGGAGUCUGGACGAGUUGAAAGCUGUGACGUCACGUCGAGUGAAAGUUUUGUACGGCUUUGAGCCUCAAGUUAACCGUGAAAAUUUGAUUGUUCAGUGGUCGAAAAAACAUAACAAGAUUGACAAGUUUCUAGUGAAUGAAUUGCAGGAAGAGGAGUGUGAAUGGACGGAUUUUUCUAAGCAGGAGCUGUUGCUGAAGAAUAAGGUGACAGCUGAUUUGUUGGAUCAGCUGAUUGGGGAGACGGCUGACGUGGUGGGGCGAGCUUGGGCGAAGAAGGUGGAGAGAGGUAGUGGGGGUAACAAGACUUGAUGAUUGGGGGAGGUUUUAGAAAAUAAUGAUUGUUGGAAGGUUUAGGGGAUGAAUUGACGAGGAUUUUAGUAUCUAGUGUUCAAUUGAUCAUUAGGUGAGGUUUUAAAAAUUGUUGGAUUGUUGAGGGUACAAAUAUUAACAAGAUUUUUAGUAUUUUAAGUGUUCAAUUAACAUGUGAGAAAUGUUUUGAAAGUUGUUGGAUUGUUUAUGGUACAAGAUAACGAGGUUUUUAGGACUAAAAGUAUACAAUUGAUGAUUGAGAGAGGUUUUAAAAAUUGUUGGAUUGUUAGGGUACAAGAUAACAAGGGUUUUAGGAUUAAAAGUAUGAAAUUGAUGAUUUGGAGAUGUUUUAAAAGUUGUUGGAAGGUUUAGGCGAUGAAUUAACGAGAUAUUUAGGAUUUUGAGGACAAAUUAACGAGGUUUUUAGUAUCUAAAUUGUUCAAUCGAUGUUUGGGUGAUUGUUGGAUUGUUUAGGGUACAAGAUAACGAGGUUUUUAGGAUUAAAAGUAUGCAAUUAAUGAUAGGGAGAUGUUUUAAAAAUUGUUGGGAGAUUUGAGAGACAAGUUUACGAGGUUUUUCAGGAUUUUAAAGAGUUCAAGUGAUCUUGCUAUUGAAUUUAUCAUAGAGUAGCAGUAAGACUUUAGAUUUUGAGAAGGGAAGUCGUAUUAACGAAAAAGGUUCUUAUAGAACUUGUCAUGGUUUCAAGUGAUCUAAUUAAUUUGAAGAUAAUGUGAUGCAAGAUAGAAAGGUUUAAUAGUUUUGAUGUUUAAGGUUUAUAUCAGUCUUAAUUUUACAUUCACAAAAAGAACUUGAGGUCUUACGCAACUGACAAACUAUAUUAUCAAUUGAUAUUGGACGCAUUUAUUCAAUAAAUUUAUUGAAGUAUCAAUGAGAAAUUUUGCUAGAUUUAGGAAUAAAUUUUUCAAAUAAAAUUGUUCAAUUUUGAUCAGAAAAUUAGACAUUGAUGCGGACUUAUUCUCUUGAAUGUAUUCCAAACGCUGGUUAAAUUUUAACCGUGAUUAAUUCCACAAGAACCAAUCAAAGAAGUUUUUGAAAAGACGGCUUCUCUGAUUAUUGGUUCUCGUGGGAUUAAUCACGGUUAAAAUUUAACCGGCUGUUGUGCAACUGGGCCCAAUUCUCUCAAAUGUAUCACAGUGGUAGCUAUAGCUCGCUAUCAGAUUUAUAAUAAUAUUUUUACAAAUAGUAGUGAGUGAGAGGGGUUAAUGGAAGGUAAAUUGAUGAUAAUUCUAGGGUGUUAUAGGCUAUUACAUAGUAUUGUGACAAAUGUAAGGAAUUAAAGUGAAUUGAACUGCCUUAUAUGUACAUUAAAUAGUGAUAAGAAAUGUUGAAUUAAGAAUGUUUUUAGUACCUAUUUUAUAAGAUUGCCUCGAUAAAUGUUUUAGUGUUAUUUGUACAAAACCAAUUAAAUAAAUAUGCAUUUUUUAAUAUUGAACUCGAGCAGUAACGAUCGUGAAUGAAAUCAAUCAAUAAUAUUUAUAAAUACUAUAUCGUGAGGUCCACGUUAUAAUGGCAGUACUUGAUUAAACAUUGGUGCUGCUAUCCUUGUCUAUCAUUCGACAAAGCAGAUAGUGCUUUCAAUAAUGCCAGAUCGUAUUUUAACAAUAUAGAAAUAUAAUUAACAAAAUAUUCAAUCUCAAUUAUGAAAAUGUAUUACUCAAUCAUUAAAAAAUAUAUUUUCUUGACGAAUAAAAUAUAAUUGAUCAUUUCAAACAAGAAUGAACAGUUCAUAUUACAUCAGAUAUCAGUAUCAGCUACCCUCUAUAGAAGGCGGAGAGUCGGCAUCGCUGGUCUUCUAUCUUCUCCAUUGUCAUUAUAACGUGGACCUCACCAUAGAAUAUGUUUCAGUUUCAAACAAUAUUUUCUACUUGACUAUACACUGAACUGUUUUGUGAUACUGAAUGAACAAAGUUCUUCAAUUUAAAUAAUGUGUCAUGUUUUUAGUCUAAAACGAUAUAUAGAUCUAAGUAAAGUCAACAUUGACAAUACCUUAUUCACUUCUAUACAAGUAAGCUAAUACUUUUUAUAAUAUAAACUGUAUAAAUUUAAUGCCUUUACACAAUAAAACAUGACAAUUGUUAAGAACAUGUUAUUUUUAAGAAUAAUAUCAAUAUUAUAAGCACUUUAUACUAGUUAUUUAUAAGAAUAAAUUUUUAUUUGCUGUACCAUAACUGAAGCAAUAUUGUAUCUUAUAUUUUUUCUGAUCUUUUAUUAAUAAACUAGGGCCAUAUGCUAACACUACGUUUAACGCUAAACCACGUUUACUUGUAGAUAUGGUUGCAUUUAUCAUAAUGUGUUUCAUACGGGGUUUAAACGAACAGUUAACAUUUCUCCGUUUAAGACUAGUAUCUGCAUACGGGCCUUAGAUAAUCACUACAAUAUUCUAUGAAUGUUAGUUUGAAGAAGUUAUAUUUUGUACCCUAAAACUUUUUGAUUUUCAUAAUAACUGUUUUGUUUUUUUAACAAUUUAAAAAAUAAGCAAAAGUCUUGAAAAUUUAACCUAAGGUUGAAUAGGUACCAAUUUAUUCUUAUUUUACAGCAAGUAAUGUUUAAAACUGAUGUUUAACCUUAAAUUCAACACAAAUUUAUGGUUAUAGUAAAAUUUAAAUUAAUAUUCUCACGCUUCUCAGCCUCCUUAAUUAAAUCUAAGUCUUGAAGUGAUACAAAUAUGAAUAAAGUCAACAUUGGCAAUACCUUAUUCACUUCUAUACAAGUAAGCUAAUACUAUUUAUAAUGUAAACUCUAUAAAUUUAAUGCCUUUACACAAUAAAACCUGACAAUCUAAAGCAAUUAAAAAGUGAUAUCAAUGUACUUAAAUCAAUUAAAUGUCAAUUUAUAAGGUUUUGCACUCAAUUUUGAUAUAUUUCCUGCUUUCCAAAAAAAUUCUGUCCUGCUAAGCAGGAAACAAUACUAUUAUUUUUUACGGGAGUGUUCAUACAUGAACAGACUGCUCACGUGUGAACACUUCCAUAACAAUUAAUGGUGUUGAUAUCCUGGUUCCACCCAGAAAGGCAGAAAUGUAUAGGAAAGUAGGUGUUUUAGUGAUAAUCUUGUAUCUUAUUUAAUAAGGAAAGCAACCACUGUAUUUUUAUAGACAGUAUUUUAUUGAACUGGUAGAUUUUAUAGCUGAUAAAUAUUAAAUAAUUAAUUUUUAUAGCUGAUAAAUUUUAGCUGCAUAAAAUUAUUUAGUAUAUCUUGUGAGAAGGAUGAUUCAAAUGAUGUGUGAGAAGAUAUGAAUUUAAGCAUAGAUAAAAGAUAGCAUAAGAAGAUAUUCCAUGGUACAGAGCGUUUAGGUUUCAAUUUUCACUGUUAACUCAAGCCGAUAGUCCUAGUAGUUGUAUUUUGUGAAGCUAUGCGACGCUGAUAGUCUCUCAUAUUGUGCCGUUCUUACACUCUCACCCCAACAAUACAGUAAAAAUACACAGUAGUCGACAGUAAUCAGCUUGAUUCAACAAAAAGUCGGCUUGAAAUUUGGAACAUACACAACCUAUACCAUGGGAUAUGUUCUUGAGCUAUUUUUCUCUAUGAUUUAAGGUUCGGUAAACUAUAAUUUAUACAGUAUUAGUAUUAUUGAUAUGAAUUUUGUUAGAAUUUUCUAGUAUUGUUUUAGGAUACUGUUUAUGCUUGUAAAGUUGUAUAUUUUUUUCUAUUAGUUUUGUUAUUAUUUUGUAAUAGUCUGCUAGUUUUUACUGUAUGUUGAUAGUUGUAAGAGCUGCACUGAAUGUAUUUGAAUGAAGUUGAUUAUUGUAUUUAUAAAUGUACUUGAAGUUUAUGAAAGAAAUACACAAUUUUGUAAUAAAUUUA